AUGCAAAUAUGGUUGUAUGAGUGUUGCUCUACCUUCAACACUGAUAUAGCUACAAGGGUUGCUAAUUCUAUCCCUCGCAUUCUUAGCUGGCUAGCUAGUAAGGACAAGAUAUGGUUAUCUGCAAUUGAAGAUAGAAUGAUCAAACCAACAUGGAUCAAGUUCACCAACAUAAUUGAAGCACCAGAAGAGCUUUCUAGAAUGUCUUUGCCUGAUAAAGUUGAAUACAUACUUGAAGAAGUUGAAACCAAGUUCGACGCUCUGAAAGAUGCUGCAUCUCCAUCGGGACACAAGCAGUCAAUUGGAAUAGAGGACAAGAAAGAUAUUCUCGAACAAAUUAAAAAAUUAAGAAAAGAUGUUGACAAGGUUGGUUUAGAUCUUGGAUCUUUCAAGAAAGAUGUUUUUGAAGAACUAGGUAGCAUUCGACUACUAAUCAAUAACUCAAUCAAGGCUGUUUUGGAGACGACAAACAGUCAGAAGGAUAACAUUGAUGCCAAGUUUGGUGGGAGUUCUACAAAAAUUGCUAGCAAUCAAAAGAAAAGAACAAUCAACAUUUUCCGUGCAGUAGUGACCAGCAGCAGUAAAAAAGAAGAGAAUGUUAUACAAGAAGGAGAUGAUUGCUGUGAAGAAGGAGGUGAACCAGCCGAGUACGUUAAUCUAGGUGAUUCAGACGACUCCAGAUAUGAGAAAAGGGAAGUUACACUUGAUGACUUUGAGCUGCCAGGGAACUUCUCCCAGAUUGUUAAGUUCGGCGAGCUUAACCAAGAUGAAACAACCCCUGUGCAUCAAGGAAGAACAAGGCAGCCUGAAGAGCAUGCCCGAUUACCCUUUCUCCCUUUUUACAGUUCUGGUGGCAGCACUUCUGUUGGACCUCCAAUUUUUCAAAUCAAGCAUCCGUUUACUAGGAUUAUAGGUGAAGAUGUUGAUCCUGAGUUGUUGGACGAAUUCAACAACUGGUUAUACCUUGGUACCGAUACAACUUCAAAGAGGAGGAAGGCGCCUUAUUCUGUAAAAAAUAACCAACUUAAGCCAUGUCAUGAUCUUGGAGUGGAGAAAGUUGAUAAAAAGGAGUGGUUCUAUAUUUUGGCACAUCCCGGGCAAGUCCUCAACGACUUGCACAAUGAUGUUAUCUUGUACUACUUGAGAAAAAGAGGAAAGUACGGUCCCCACAAGAAGAUAAGGUUUACAACCACUGAUUGUAUAUUCAAGACUAGAAUUGAACAAAUUUAUCAGAGGUACAUCAAUGCUCCUCCCGAAAAGAAGUUUGCUAUUGUCAAACCCCAGGACAUCGUAGUAGAAUACAUAUUGGGGUACAGAUUACUCACAAAUGUUGCAUGGGAUCAAGUUGAUUUCGUGAUCAUGCCCAUCAACAUUGUAGAAAAAUUUCAUUGGUUGUUGGUUGUUUUUGACAUUAUCGAUAGGGUUCUUUAUGUGUAUGAUUCUAUGGUCUCUUCACCUAAUCACACCAUUGUUGAAUCUGUCGUCACCAAGUUUGCUCUUUUGAUCCCCCUUUACUUGUCAUGCACCGGUUUCUAUGGAAAGCGUCCAGACAUCAACAUCAAGAACACAAAGGCAUACAUUGAAAAAGGUGUUACUGACCCUAUUGACAUUCAGUGGUUAGGUGAGAUACCACAGCAAAAAGAGGGAUCACUUGACUGUGGUGUAUACGUUGUUGCAUUUGCAAAGUAUGCCAGCAUUGGAGACCUAGUAGUUUCUACGGAUGACCUUUCUGAUAUUGAUCAACAUCGUAGACGCUAUGGAACGCUACUAUGGGACUACCCUAGGAAGAAGCAAGAUACUGGUGCAAUUAGUGAGAGCGAGGUGACUGGCAGAUAA